AUGAACGGCUCUGAGAAACCUGGCAUUUACACAAAAUAUGAGAAGCUGUUCCAACAAACAAUUCUGGAAGAAUAUCAACAAAUCGAAUGUGCCCGCGUGUUGCAUCGGUUCCCUGGAGUCAAAUAUGAUCUCACUCCGACACAAGCUUGUCUCAGACUGGUAUCCGAGGCUCCUCCACAUUGGGCGAAUGGACUCCUUCAGGAAUGUGAGCUAAAGAAUUUUGUCAAUGGAAUCGCCGAUUUUGUGCUUUAUGUGAAUGUGGCCAAACUGCGUGCCCAGUAUGGUGAUGCAGAUGAGAACGCAUUUUCCUGGUUAACGACGCGCGCGCUCAACAACGACACGGGCAUCUAUCAUCAAGAGAAUACGAUGCGAAUAUCAAUGCCACAUUAUCAGGAAGCUGACUAUGCUGCUGAAAGCGCGCACAUGCAAUCUUGUCAGCCCAACUGUGACGGCAAAGAUAAACGUCAUGCCAAGCUCCUCUUGCGGUCCACUUCCACAGCGGCAGGAGCGAAAGUCAAACGGUUUUACCAAACAGUGAAACAAAGGAGGAACGGCAGAAAGGGUAACUUAGCAGCGCCACCUAAGAGUUGA